CUAUGCUUAACACGUCCUUGAUUGUAUCUGUUUCAUGCCCACUCUAGAUAGGUGAACACGACCUGGAAAUUACAAAGCUUCAUUUCAUUGUCAGUUAAGCUCAUGCGAACGUUAAAACGAGUACGGACUGUAGUGAAUCGGUUUCAACAAACAAAACUCUCUCUUGACAUGGAGAACACUGUUCCGCGGAAUAAACGAGGUUUCCUAUCCUCGAUACCUUCUGAAUCUUUAUGGAAAACUGAAUGUUUAUAGUUUGUAAAUAAUUAAUCGUAAAUUCGAUCAUAACAACAAUCAUACACGCGAAUAUCCUCUUUGAUCGUUGUAGUGUGCUGAUAUAGAUAUUGUUAAUCAAAAAAUUUAAAUGUGCUUCUUACUAAGUGUCAUGAUUUUUAGCGAUGUAAUUAUAUAGCAAUUGUAUCUGUGAAAUAUACCAAUAGUAAAUGUGUCUUAUGUUUGUACUGUUCGAAAUGAUAUACAUAGUUAUACAUCCAAUAUAAUUGAUUGUUGUAUCGUGUAAUAUAAUCAAUGACCGUGGGACGAUUAAAAUUUCAUUGGAUCCAAAAUUUAAGGUGAAAGUGGGAGAUCUACAUGCAGCAAAAUCCGAGCCAACACAGUCAAUCUAAACUUUCGUUAGAUCAUUGACACGUUCAAGAAACUGUCUGUUUAGAUAAAAGUACUCUUAAAGACUGUCUUUUGACAACGACUUCGAUAUAACUUCUAUUUUAUUAAAAAUGACAUAGUCCACCAAUAUAGACUUACACUCUUCUCCUAAAGAAGAAAGGAUAGAGGGAGGUUUUCCAAAAUUAAAAUUCGUGAAUCGAAGCGGCGAUACGGUUAAAGACCUCCUUGAGGCGAGAAAUCAUUAUUUCCGGCGAGACGGAUUCGACGAUAGAAAAAAGUUACUUUAGAAGUGUAUCCCCGAGCAGAAGGACUACGGGGAUUUGGAGGCGCAAACGGAGAAGAAUUAGAGGCAUCAAGGAAAAAUGGCGUAUGACGAUGUUAUACUUCGAAUGGGGGAGUUCGGCCGAUAUCAACGCAGAAUCUACCUGUUGCUCUGUCUACCGGCGAUAUCCUGUGCUUUCCAUAAGAUCGCUGGAGUCUUCCUCAGCGCGAAAAUGAACGCUAGAUGUCUGUUACCACAUGAAAAUCCGGAGAAUGCCACAUAUUUUUUACCGCCACACAUACUGAAUACGAGUUAUCCAGGGGGUUACGAGCAGGAAAAAUUGUUACAAUGCUACAUGCUGGAUCUUCCCAAUAUCGUUAAUGAGACAACGAUCAAUAGGUACGUCGACACGUCAACGGGUAAUAUACACGGAGAAAAAACAUUAACUCCGAAUAGUCUCAACACCCAAGGAUACAAGCCAUGUGAAACGUUCGUUUAUGAUAGAAGCAAAUAUAAAAGUACUACUACUUCUGAGUGGAAUUUAGUUUGCGAUAGGUCAUGGUUGAGAGCUACGGGGGAUUCGUUGUUUAUGGUAGGAGUCAUGCUUGGCUCGAUGAUUUUCGGUGGUUUGUCCGAUAAGUUUGGGCGUAGACCAAUUUUCUUCCUGUCUUUAGUCAUACAGUUGGUCGGUGGUGUACUAGUCGCAAUUUCCCCCGAGUAUAUUUCCUACGUUGUCUUCAGGUUAAUAGUUGGCUCCACUACUAGUGGAGUCUUUUUAGUCGCCUAUGUAAUAGCCUUGGAAAUGGUAGGGCCAAAGAAGCGUUUGGUAGCUGGGGUCGGCUGCCAAUUGUUCUUCACAACUGGAUAUAUUCUAACUGCUGGUUUUGCGUAUUUUAUAACCGAUUGGAGAAUGCUACAAGUCGCUAUCACUGUGCCUAGCAUUGCGUUUCUUCUCUACUGGUGGUUCAUUCCUGAAUCCGCACGUUGGCUAUUGACAAAGGGUCGUGUACAAGAGGCGAAAGAUCUCCUCCAACGAGCUUCCUUAGAAAAUGGCGUAGAGAUGCCGAGCGAAGCUCUGGAUACGCUUCUUAAUAGUAAUAACGAGGAAACUACACCAGAUUAUAGAAAGCCAUCGUUAUUUGAUCUUUUUCGGUAUCCAAACUUGAGAAGAAAGAGUAUUCUACUAUUUUUCAAUUGGCUUGUAAAUAGUGGCACAUAUUAUGGUUUAUCCUGGCAUGUGUCCAACCUUGGUGGCAACGAUUACGUUAAUUUCGUCAUAUCCGGGUUGGUGGAAAUACCUGCAUACACGUUUUUAAUCUUUACAUUGAAUCGUUGGGGAAGAAAGAUCAUCCUGUGCGGUUGCAUGCUAAUAGCAGGAUUUGCAUUACUUGGAAUCUUGCUUGUACCUGCUGAUGCUCAGUGGCUCGUAAUAUGUUUAGCGAUGAUCGGUAAGCUCACAAUUACAUCAUCUUAUGGUGCUAUUUACGUUUUUACUGCCGAACAAUUCCCUACGGUUAUUCGAAAUGUCGGUCUUGGAGCAAGCUCGACUUUCGCUCGAAUCGGUGGAGUAAUUGCUCCACAUGUCAUUCACUUGUCUGAAAUCUGGAUGCCUCUACCAUUUGUUAUUUUUGGAUCGUGUGUACUUUUUGGUGGAGUUAUGUCGUUACUCCUUCCAGAGACGUUAAAUAAGAAGCUCCCAGAAUCUAUACAAGAUGGCGAAUUAUUUGGAAAGAAAUCGGAGAAGAAGAAGAAAAAGCAACAACUAGAUAUAGAACAACUAAACGAAGUUGAUGUGAUAAAACCAUUGAAACCACAAGAAAACGGUGUUCACGAGAAACAAAACGGAUGACGUUAAAUUAGGAAAAAAAUACAACGGUUAUGCUCAAAGUAUAUACUUCAAUCCUGUCUGAUUGUAUUUUAGGCACCCUUGUAUACGCGUCUUACGUAUACUAAUCUUAGUGUGCCCAUUGCAAUACUGCAAUACCAAAAACAAAACAAAAAGAAAACAAAAUCACAUUUAUCUUUCAAAUUAUAUCACCAAUGAUGUAGAUUGCUUUUAAUCAAACGAAACAUGCAAAACGUGAAAUCAAGGAUGAUAAGAAAUGUAUACUUAGACUUUCAGCUUGUUUCGUAAUUACUGGAAAAUACACAAUGAAAGCAAGAAGGUAGCAGUUUCCUUAUGUUUAUACAUACACGUAAUAUACAGCUUUUGUAUUUAAUAGCACAUAAAAAUUCUGCCAGCAUAUAUAUCAUUUAUUUUAAUUUCUAAAUGUGGUUUACAUACAUGUUAAGUGACCUUGAAAUAUAAGCCUGUAAAAGCUUCUUUCGAAAGCUCACGCAGGAAAUAAUUAUAUUUCUGCGCCGAGAUCGCAGAUAAAAAAUACAAAGACUUUGACGUUUUAA